AUGACUGCUUUGAAAGUUGAUGACAAAGUGGUAGAAGCAUUCCGGUUCUCAUUUCAAUCCAAUACUAUUUUUGUUAGUCGGUUUUCAUCGUUUCCGAUUACAUCAAAAGCGGAAAAAGGAAAAAUAUCGAGAUUUAACAAAAUCGCUAAAUCCUUUUCAUUGUUUUCAACCGCUAGUUCGCAGACCACAGGUGGUCCGCGAGAACUAAAAUAUGUUCCGCAAAGAUGGUUGAGCGGUCAGUGGAAAGCAAGCAAAGCAAUUCAUAUUAAUUUGUUAAUAAUCCUCUACGAUAUACUAAACAAAUAUUAA